AUGAAUAAGAAGUUUUUAUUUUUCUUGCUUUUUUUUUUGAGGAGCAUAGUAAAAAAAAUAGAAAGUAAAUUAUUUUUUAAUGAAAAAAAAUCACUUUUUUAUGAAAAUUUUAGAAAUCAAAGAAACAAAGAAUAUUUUUUUAUAAAAAGAAAUAAAGAUGACGAUAAAAAAAAAGAAUUACAAAAUGUCUAUAAAUUUAAUAAUGGAAUUUCCUUAAUAAAUGAAAAAUUAAAAAGUGCUAAAGAAAAUAUAUUUUUAUUUUUUAAAAAAGAUAAAAAUAUAAUAGAAAAGUUAAAAGAUUUAAAUGAAAAAAAAAGCACAUGGUUCUUCACAGGGUAUGCAAAAAAUAUAUUUAAUCAUAAUUCUUUUUAUAAUGUUAUUGGACUUGAAGAAAUAAAAGAAAUUGAUUAUAAGAAUUUGAUUUUAACAUUGAAAAUUGAUGUAAAUAAAGUUUUUAACAAAAAUAAUAAUUUAGAAAAAAAAAAUAACUUUUCUAUAAUUAACGGAUACGAAGUAAAAAAGCUUGUACUUUUUUAUAAAAAUAAUGAUAAUAGUUUUGGGAAAGAUUUUAUUUUAUGCACUUAUAAGUACAUCAUUUUUUAUGUAUUUGAUAAAGAAAAUAACAAAUUUUAUAUAUUUAUAAAUAAUUUAGGUGAUGAAAAUAUUAUUUAUGAAGUAAAAGAAUUAAAUAAAAAAGAUUUUUCUGAUUUUUUCUACCUUAUAGAUAAUAAAAUUGAUUUAAACACAAUUAAUAUCAUUUCUUUAAGUAAUAAAAAUAUAUUUAAAAGUCAUACAAAUUAUAUGCAUAAAGAUGAAUCUAUAAAUGGUAAUUAUUCAGAUAAAUUUAAAUUUUAUUUAAAAAAAAUAUGUGCAAUAUUUAAUAAUUAUGAUAUUUUUUUAAAAGACGACAUUUAUGGUAAAAAUAUUAAAUCAAGAAACACCUUAAUUUAUAGCAAAAAAAAUUUUGUUCUUAAAAAGAAAACUUAUUUUCAACAUCUGAAGAAUUUUUUUAUUAAUAAUGAGGAAGACAAUAAUCUAUUUGAGAUAAUUUUUAGAAAUAACAAUGCAUACAAAUUAUAUGUUCAAAAUGAUUUAAAUGAUAAUUCUUGUUAUAUUUUAAAAAGCACAAAAAUUAGCAAAAAAAAAUUAGAUCAAUUAUAUAGAUUAUUUACAAACUAUGAUUACAAAAAAAAAGAGUGCAAAGAUAAGUUUUUUGCCUACAGUAAGACGUUAUUCAGUAUAUAUAAAAAUGAACUUGAAAAGGAAAAAGAAAAAAGACGAAAAAAUGAAAAUAAUAACACUAAAAGUAUUUAUAUAAGUAUUGGUGCAAAAGAAUAUUUAAUUUAUAAAGAUUCUUCAUUUCUAAAAAAAAAGGAUGAAAUUUUAUUAUUUAGUUUAGCUAAACAAUUUUUGAAUAAUUUAAUUUCAUGCAUUAAUAUAUAA